AUGAUGCAAGCACAACAAGUCAGUCCGACUCAAAUAGGCAUUGAGAAUCUCUACGUUGUUGCUGCUGAUAGUUCUGGAAUUCCUCAUAGCGCAGGUAGCUCAGCUAGCAAUUCACCUAACCAUUACGAGCGUUAUUCACCGAGCAAUCUGAUGGAUCUUAGUAGUCCGUCGGAGCACCGAGGAGGCCUACCAGACUUUGCCCAUACUACACAUACUACACUCCAAGCAUAUCAACCACUUGCCAAUAACUAUCAGUUCUAUGAUAACUAUGAUGAAGAGAAGAGUAGAUUCCACCAUGUUCAGCAAGCUGAGCUAAAGUACAAUCCGUACGAUAAAGAUAUCUCUACAUUCGAUUACGAUAGAAAAUCGCCAAUUUUUCACUCUGAGCAUAGCCGAGAAAAUGAGCAUAAUAUUUAUCUUCCGGCUUCAUCGCCAACCUCGGGCAUUUAUCAAUCACCAGGCGCUAGGGGCGAGAAAAUUUCCUCCAGUCAAUCCCCGAGACUAACGAUAUUUGAACAAACAAGUGACUCUCCAAUUGAAUAUAAACCAACAAUUCAUAGUGAUUUUCAUAUAAAUUCAUCGAGGGCUAUCCACAAAGAGCUUGUACAGGAUUCAAUGUUAUCCGCCCAUGGAGGAGAAACUUCAUCAGUAGCAAUGAGAAAUUACAAUGGAAUUAAAUUGCAAAAAACCAACGGAAAAAGAAAGAGAAAAAUAAUGAGUUACGAUAAUAAUGGAAAUGAUUCUGAAAGUGAGAGUAUCGAAUCUUCAACUGCAUCUUGCAAGGCUAAAAUUCGACGUAAAAAUACUGGAAGCUUUGAAGAUCUUCAGACACAACGAGUUAUGGCAAAUGUCAGAGAGAGACAGAGGACUCAGAGUUUGAAUGAAGCUUUUACAAAUCUGAGAAAAAUCAUACCAACUCUUCCCAGUGAUAAAUUGAGCAAGAUUCAAACAUUGAGGCUUGCAACGCGAUAUAUUGACUUUCUCAAUCAACUCAUCGCACGCUGCCCUAUUGAAGCCCUUGAAAAUCGUGGCAGUGUGGAAGAAAACAGUCAAACGAUCGGAGGAGGCUCGACAUCAUGCAGUUACGUUAUCCACGAACGGCUUUCGCACGCCUUCAGCAUGUGGCGGGUGGAAAGCGAAUGGAACGCCAAUCUCUAA